UGUGUUCCCUUGCUGCUUUCUUGUGUACUCAGCUUUUUACUGCAAAGUAGAUUUGUUGCCUUGCCAAUUCGUUCACUCUUUAAAUCCUUUUAUCUUGUUAUUAGGCUGCUCUUUGGCGUAAAUUGCAAUCGAUUAGGGAUCGUUUCUCAGAAUCAAGUUAGAAGUGAGAGUUCAGAUAAGUGAGGCCGCCAUUGCUGCUUUGAACACCUCAGAAGGGGAGAAUGGAUUUAUCAGGAGUGAAAAAGAAGAGCUUGCUAGGAGUCAAAGAAAAUAAUAAAAAGUCCAGCACUAGGUAAUCCUUCUGUAAGAUUUUUCUAGUGCUAUUUUGGGGGUGCUCAUUGCCAGGGACCCUCAGAAAGGGGAAGACAGAAUGUUCUGCAUUCUGCAGUGUUUCCUAAUAUCACUGCUCUGGCCCUUCUGGAUCCCCUCUUUUGGGUUGUGCUAUUUCAGGGUUUGGUCAAAGGAGCAUGUAAUCUCAUAUUCUUCCUCACCAUCCAGGGCUCCGUCUCCUACCAAACGCAAAGACCGCUCUGAUGAGAAGUCCAAGGAUCGCUCUAAAGAUAAAGGGGCCACCAAGGAGUCGAGUGAGAAGGAUCGCGGCAGGGAUAAAACUCGAAAGAGGCGCAGCGCUUCCAGUGGUAGCAGCAGCACCAGGUCUCGGUCCAGCUCAACUUCCAGUUCAGGCUCCAGCACCAGUACCGGCUCAAGCAGCGGCUCCAGCUCCUCCUCAGCUUCAAGCCGCUCAGGGAGUUCCAGCACCUCCCGCAGCUCCAGCUCCAGCAGCUCCUCCGGCUCUCCAAGUCCUUCUCGGCGCAGACAUGACAACAGGCGGCGUUCCCGUUCCAAAUCCAAGCCACCUAAAAGAGAUGAAAAGGAGAGGAAAAGGCGGAGCCCUUCCCCUAAACCCACCAAAGUGCAUAUUGGGAGGCUGACCAGGAAUGUAACCAAGGAUCACAUCAUGGAAAUAUUUUCUACCUAUGGGAAAAUUAAAAUGAUUGACAUGCCCGUAGAAAGGAUGCAUCCCCAUCUAUCCAAAGGCUAUGCAUAUGUGGAGUUUGAGAAUCCAGACGAGGCCGAGAAGGCGCUGAAGCACAUGGAUGGAGGGCAAAUCGAUGGCCAGGAGAUCACUGCCACAGCUGUGCUGGCCCCCUGGCCUAGACCACCUCCCAGGCGAUUCAGCCCUCCCAGGAGAAUGCUACCGCCACCUCCAAUGUGGCGCAGGUCUCCCCCACGAAUGAGGAGAAGGUCUCGCUCCCCCAGGCGCCGGUCUCCUGUGCGCCGGCGAUCCCGCUCCCCUGGCCGUCGCCGCCACAGGAGCCGUUCCAGCUCCAACUCCUCCCGAUAAGCAGGCCUUGAAGCUCGUGCCCCGUGACUGACAGCCCACCCAGCUCAGUUGUGUCACUUUUCUAGCCAAAGGAGGAUCAGUAGGAAAGGAAAUCCCUCACCUGGGCAGGCUUCAAGGCAGCUGUUGAAUAUCUCCUCUGCUGGCCAGGCUCUCGCUGUAGAAGUGCUAUUGGUUGGGUUGUGCCUGUCCAGAUGCCUUCCGGUGUUGUGGUUAAAAAGCUCACCUGUUUCCAUUUUCUGAGAGUCAGUUCAGUGACAAAGCCACCAGGGACAAGCAAGGCUGUGGGGAGGGGUGCAGUCGGUCAGUCUGGCUGUACCUUGUUGUGCUAUGCAGUACCCUUCAGAAAGGGAGCCAGGCUUGAAGGGAGCCAGGCUUCAGUGCAGCCACCGGUCCUGCUCAGCCUAGUCUUCUGCUCCCUUGCUUCAGUCUUCUGGUGACCUCGUGGGUCCAGCACCCCUGAAGAGCCUCUCACUUUAUAGUAGUUGCUGUAAAUGGUUCUGUUGACGCACACACCCACACCCCUCAGCUUCCUUACUCUGAAAUUGUUGAGCGAGGCGAGAGCCAUCUCUGCAGGGUCAUCACAGGGCUCCCUGUUGCACCUGCCAUCUGUGGUGAGCUUGCAGGUUACCUUGACAACGUGUACAUUGCUUUUUGGGGGCUUUUCUUGUACAGUCAGUACUAUAAAAUUUGUUUUGUUUUGUAACUUUGUAGCAUUUUAGAUAAUAUUGUGUUUGUACUUUGUUGUGUAGAGUGAAAGAAUUGUGUUGAAUAAAUGUAGGAUUGGAAUGCAGAUUGA